CAAGUUGGUACAUUUGUCGUGAAAACACAUGCAAAGUUAAAAGUCAUUCUAUCAAUUAGUUCUUUGGUUACAUGCCAUUUGAAGUUGACGUGUCAGAGUAUUUUUUUAAUAUGGAAAAAAUUUAAUAUCGCGCAGUGGUUAGAUUCUUUAUUUUGAAAGGAUUAAAAGCAAAAGAAAUUUAUGAACAAUUGUUAGAAGUGUAUAAGGAGUCCUCACUUUCAAAACGCUCCGUUAAUUUUGGGCUGGUGAAUUUAAAUGUGGUCGUACUAGAAUUGAAGACGAUCAACGCGCAGGGCGACCAAAAAGCACAACCACACCAGAAAUCAUUGAGCAAGUUCAUAAUAUUGUUAAUGAAGACCCAAGUUUGACUAAGCGUGAAAUUGCUAAUGCCAUAGGCAUCUCAGAGAUCGAGUAAUUCAUAUUUUACAUGGAGAAUUACAUAUGAAAAAGCUGUUUGGAAAUUUAGUGCCGCACACGUUAACAAUUCAACAAAAACUGGAUUGAAAACAAAUCUCUCAGCAUAAUUUGGAGCGUUUUAAGCAGAAUAAAACCGAUUUCUUGCGUCGUUUUAUAACUAUGGAUGAGACUUGGAUCUACCACCACGAUCCUAAAUUGAAAGACGAAAGCUCCAAAGCAGGUAAAGUCACAACGAUCAGCAAAGAAAGUUUUGGCAUCAUUUUUUUGGGAUGCAAAAGAAAUUUUGUUGAUUGAUUAUCUACAGAAAGGAAAAAAAAUCAACUCUGAAUAUUAUUGCAUUUUGGAUCAGCUGGAUGAAAAAAUUCGUGAGAAAAGACCUGGUUUGCAGCACAAAAAAACUAUUUUUCAUUAGAAUAAGUGUAUUGAAGAUUAUAUGGAAAAAAUAUAUAUUUCGUACCAAAAACAGUACCUUUUCAUUUCGAGCCCAGAAACUUUUCAACUAACGUGUAUUUAGAUGCAUAACUGGUGUUGAAAGUGGUCUAAGUCUAAAUUUAGUUUACAAUCUUUGUCUCAAAUAAGAGGGUAUGCAACAACGAAGUAUUCUUCUAUGGAUAUAAAUGGAUAUACUUCUAUGAAGAUGAAUGCUGGUUAUGGUGCUACUUUGACUAAACACCUAUCAAUUUUUAUUCUGCUUCGAAAUUUUCUUAACUACGAGGAUUUUCCGGCCAACCUUUCUAAUAUGUUGCGAUAGAAUUCCAAAAAAAAACAUAAAUAAGUAUCUUUGAACGCUUAAUAGUUCGGAUCCAAUUAUUUUUCCUAAAGGGUUUGCAACGUACAUAGAUGUAUGCAAAGUAGCUAAUGAAAUGUACUGAGUCAACAAACAAAUCUAUAAAUGAAUAAAUAAAUAAAUGCAACGCAAGCGAAAAAAUCACAGAUCGUUAUAGUUAUAGGGGACCCACUGAAUGUCAAAGGCAGCUUCAAAGCUGUGCUUUUACACUCUGCGCAAGACCUCGAAUUCAAUUAAGCCUAUUAGAGGAAGAGUUUGCGCUACCGAUUUUGAACAGUGAUCAUGAGCUUGCUACAUUCUCUGCGCUACCAAUGAAGUUAUUUAUUUAUUCGUUUAGAAGUGGACGGAAAAGUAUUAAUACAUACAUAUAUAGUAUCCAUAUCGAUACAAAGUCAGGGUGAAGCAAAAAUAAAAAUAACGAAAGAGCACUUCGUUAACAAAGGUUCAAAGAAGACCUGUACGAAAUUGAAACCAAAGUCUGGAUCUAUACACACAUAAUCGUAUGUAGUUUGUCCUUAAAAGAUUUCUUAAAAUGGAAAAAAUGCAGGGUCUCUCCAUAGAACUUUAUGGCCUAUAAAUAUAGAGCUUUUAGGUUGCGACUACUUAGUAAUUUCGGGAUUUUUCUAACUAACUGAGAGCUAAUAUGAGAGCAAAGUCAACAAAUUUUAAAAUAAAAAUCUUAAGCUAAAAAUAUAUUUAAUUAUACAGGAGAUGGAAUAGCAUCAAAAAAUUAAUACCCAAAAUAUUUAAAUAAAAUUCAAGGGGUUGCUUAUUUAAAUAAGAAUUAUCUAAAUAGUUUCUAUGAAUAAUUGAGUUCAAUGUGUGUAGCACGGCACGCCUGACAAAUGACUUUCAAAGAAAUCAAAUAAUUCAAAGCAAUUAAAAUACAUGAGCAGAAUGCAGCAUGACAAUUAAUGAUAUCAAAAUAGUGUAACGUUAACGUAGAUUUUUAGUUGUAAACUGAAUACUUGACUCAUGUCAUUUGAAGAAUGUAAAUACUUGUAUCAUCUGAUCAAAUUUUACCCGUAUUUUAUAACAAAUCUUUAUUGUCACCUUCAAAAUAGUCUUAUUUUGGGCCAAGACAUGCCAACGAUUAAUCCAAUUUUCUUCAGUUGCUUCAGCGAAUGAUUUUUACUGGUUUCAAAGGACACAUGCCGCGUUCUCUAAAGCGGAUUUUUCAGAUUUCAAAAUAGAAAUAUGUAGGUCACAGGGAGCCAAAUUUGGCGAAUACGGUGAUGAAUGAUGACUCUUAUUUCAUGUUUGGCUAAAAAAUCCGUACUUAUCACCAUAGAAUGUGACCGCGUAUUUAACGGCGAAAAAUCCAUGAAUGAACACAAAUCUAAUCGUUUACAACUAAUUGCUUCAAGUAGACGGGAUCGUUUGAGCCUGUGAAACGAAUUCAUGAUGAACCACACCACGGAGCGCCAUUCGCUAGAUUGUUGGACAGUUUCGACGUUAUAUUUAUAAACCUACAUCUCUCGUCAAAACUAAUGAUGCGAUUUGAUGGUUUGAUAGGCUGUAGGGAACUCAACUACAUCGUCAGGCAUCUCUUCUGCGACCUCUACUCGGCGUCGUUUUAGCAAAAGAUUCAGGUCUUUUGGUACAAGAAUAGCAUUUACUUUAGAGAUAGCAGACAUCAACAAAAACUUCCAGUGUCGACGAAAAAUUAUUCUUAAUGCUUUAGUUGGACGUUCCAGGGACUGAUAUGAAAUAACUGACGAAGUCUCAUAUUCGGAACCUUGGUAUACGACCAUAAAAUUAAACGCUACUUGGUUACUAGAACGACGGGCGGUUUUAUACAUAUUAAGAAUCGGAAAGUCUCUUGUACCAACAACGGCUAAUUAGCCUAUUGUAUUUAUGAUCUACUGCGAACGAUAUUAAACUAACCUAAUAACUCUAUGUUUGUAUGUACAUAUAAGUAUAUGGUAUGUAUUUGCCGUCAAUAAUCAUAAAGGAAAUGCUCAAGCAAAUAAAGUUUUCGAUAAAAUAUUAAAAUAAUAACAAGAAAUAUUUCCCCGUAUUUCGUAAGCGAUAAAUCAGCGAAAAACGGUUGAGCGAUAAGAUAAGGCAUUAACCGUUAGUAUGUAUAUACGAACACAUGGAUGUAUAUGUACUAGUAUGUAAAUAAUGACACAACUUUCAAGCGCCGAAUAUAUAUUUAGCUUGCGUUUUCAUGGCAUUAAACUGUAUUGGAGCAUUUUCAUCGCCUCAAACCAAUACAGAUGCUAUAGAUAUCGUGCGUAUGUUUGUGCAAAAUGAUAUCGAGUAACAAAAACAAUUAUACUUGUUGGUAUUUAGUAACAAUAACAUGACAGAGUGUAAGCCAGCCGAGCAAUCUUAUCAGUUCGCCAGUUGUCGGGAAGAGCUCGAGUGAAACAGUGAUACAAUUACUAAUAGUUAGAAAAAAAUUUAAUUGAUUUUUUGUUUAAUAAAUUAACUUAGAAAAGUGCUAAAGCAGUGUUUAAAAAGAUAUAUGUAAUUGAAAAAACUAUGAUAAAUUGCCUGCAAUAUAAAGAGUUGCAAUGGCCGCCACAUCGCUGAUUACAGUGGAUACAAAUCCGCCACAAGAAAUAAUGCAAAAUCACCGACAAAUAUUAAUAAAUUAUAAGAGACAAAACAAUUGGCUGUGGCGGACCUGUCGAGGUCAUCAGCAACAAUUCGGCACAGCAACAUAUUGGCUGUUGGUGACGACAUUGCUCACAUUGUCUGCACCCUAUGUUCGCGCCGAUUACUACCGUAAUGGCAGUGGUUGGCAGCCACCACAGCCAAUACCACCGCUUCAACCCAUCCCACCGCCUUUGGGUACCUUACAGAAUGUCACUUGUAUAGCGCAUGACACUAAAUUCACUUGUGAUUGUCAGCAUGUGAAUCAGCGCCUACAACUGCCUCACCUGAUCGGCUACGUGUUCCAAGUAGAAAUAAGUAAUUGCAGAUCCUUAACUAUCGAGGCCAAUGCACUCGAAGAUACGCAAGGUUUGCGCAAAAUCAAUUUCAAGAAUGUGGAAAAUUUGAUAUUGAACAAGUAUGCAUUGGCAUUUCCACGCUACGCAAGCAAUACGCCGCUCAUUAUCGAAUUCGAUCAGGUAAAUUUCGAGUUGAUCGACUCGCAUGCGAUCAACGGUAAUAUAGAAGAGAUCUCAUUUAUCGGUGGACGCAUCGAUGUGAUAAAUCCAUUCGGUUUUACGACGCUCAAGGAUCGUGCUAUUUUAUUGAAAAUGGAUAAUGUGCUCGUUAAACGAAUAGAACCACAGGCCUUCAAGAAGUUUGCCGUCGAACAACUGGAAAUUCGUAACUGUGUAUUUAACACAAAUGUGCCAUCGAAAGCAUUUUAUGAACUUGAGGUGCUCAACUCACUGCGUAUACACAACAACAAUUUUCAAGAAGUGCAUUCCCAUGCAUUUUCCUUCAAAAUUAUCAACAAACUCAGCAUCACAGAGAACUAUUUCGCGGCCAUCGACGCUGAGUGGAUUGAGGCCUACGUGCGUGAGAGCGUUGUAAUACGCGAUAAUUAUUUUGGUCUCACUAGUCCGAUAGCCUUUAAAGGCAUACACAUCCACCGCGAUUAUAUACACAGCGAACUGCUUGAACUGCAAUUUAACAACAACACCCUACAGCUACCAGGGGAAACUCGUCCGCUGGAAUUUAACGAACGCUUUGCGCUCAACAUCAAACAGCUACGCUAUGAGAACACCUAUGGCUGCAGUGACUUGGACACAGCACAGAAACCGCCGAUACCCAAACAGACGUUCUUUCGCAAUAAUGUGGACAACAUCUAUGUGCUGGCAAAGCCAACCAAAGUGGUGGCAACACCUACAAACGGGCAAAUGAUCGCAGCUAGUCGUCGCAACAACGAAUUUGUCUUGUUGAACAAAUACAUCGAAGCAAAUUGUCAGCCACGUUCCUAUUUGAUAUAUAUACUUUUAGGCGUGCUAGCGCUGGUGCUACUACUCAUACUGAUUGGUGUCAUUGUGUGGCUACAAGUGGCCAAGCGGCGAAAGAAACAAAAAUUGGACGUUGUAUUGCCCGAGCCACGCACAUAUAAGGAAACGCAAAUCGUCUAUCAGAUCGAAAAUGCGGGACUCCUAAAGACUGAUCUGUGAGUGUGCUAGCCAAGAGUGGAGGCUGACUAAGCAGUAGAGUGUUAUUAAGAGAAGCUAUGCAAAUUCUUUGCCACGCCAAAUAAAUUAUAAUACAUACAUAUUAUAUAAAAUAUACUGAACAGUAGUAUAUAAAUAUGUAUACGAAUAGGGGAAGUAGCAGUAGGGGGAAUAAACUGUUAUAAAUUACAAGAAAUCCAAAUACGCUGUUUUACCAAAUUUAACGAUUAAGUUUUAUAGCUAUAGGUUAUUGAAGUUAUUGUAUUGUAUAUAUAUAUAAUAUGAAUAAAUAAGAAUAUUUAAAUAAAUAAGAUAUUUAAUGCAUAUUUAAAUAUAAGGUUAAAACCGAAUCUAACUGUUUUUACUAUCAAGUUACUCUUUUGUCAAUAAAUUUUAUAGAUUCUGGCAGGCUAUAAAUUUUCUUUAAUUAA